AUACGUUACAUUCUGAAACUGAACUAAAUUACGGAAUAGCGUGCUGAAUUCAAAAAGUUUGCACUGCGGAGUGACAGUUAAUAUUUAUGAUCACUGUUUUGUUUGAUAGUUUGUACAUUGCACAAAGUACGAAAUAUUGAUUUUUGCAAUCCUAUAACGGUAUUACUAACUUUAACGCAGAAAUCACUGACGAAUCAUGGCGGCGCCGGCAGCGGCAGGGGGACAAGCAGAAGAUGAUGAUGACAAUGUAAUAUUCAACGUCGAAGAAAUACAAAAAAUCGUAAGGGACAAUGUGGAGCUGUGUUUGGGGGGCAACACGUUCAGCUUCACGCGAAGCGCGCAAUGGAUUUCAAUCAUUACCGAUAAAACUCUAGCGAGAUUAAAUAAACUGAACAAACCCUUCAAAUAUAUCGUGCGAAUCACCAUCACUCAGAAAAAUGGAGCGGGUAUUCACACGGCAGCGGCAUAUUACUGGGAUACCGCAACUGAUGGCAGUUGCACCGUGCGUUGGGAGAACAAGUACAUGUAUUGCAUUGUCAAUGUUUGGGGCCUCGCCCUUCAGCUUUAAAUAAAAUGAUACAUAGCUUGUAUUUUUUCGACUCUUUGUUUGAGGUAAAUAUUCCUUCCUCAAUGUGAGGAUUCAUAUUUUAUAUGGGUCUUGGUAACAAUCUUUGAGAUCGUGAUCGUGAGGCGCUUAUCUCUCCUGUGUAAACUUGAUGCUCGAGGACUCUAGUGUCGAUAUACCAUUCGUACGUAAUGUUCGGCGUACCUCACAUUUUUGCCAUAAGAAAAAAACGCAAUUUGUUUUCAACCUUCCAUUUUAUUCAAGCACAAGUCUUCCGGGGUCAAGUAAAAAACAAGACCCUUUUUUGUGUCUCGUCGUUUCUACAAAGCGACAUGUGCGUAUAUUUUUUGUCCCUUUAAAGUAUUUUUUUUUGUAUUAAUUUAGCUUCAUGCAAUUAAGUAAUGGGCUUGUAAACUUCUAGAUCAGUAAAUAAAACAAAAUAUAAAGCACA